AUGCACGUCCUCCAACUCCUCCAACUCCUCCUGGUCCUUGGCUUUGCCUUGCUGUCCCAAGCCCGCGUGUCCACCGAGUUCGCCAGCCAUGCCGUUGGUUUCUUUGAGAUCAAGGACUUCCUCGUCUCUGACGUUGUCUACACCGAGGUCAGCAACCGCCGUCGUCAGACUUCGAACCACACUCUGUCAUUUCACUUCGCCGAUCCCAAUGCCAACAGCAGUAUCUCCUGCGGCGACUCCUGGUUGCAGGAUGCCCAGGGCGCGGCCCCCACCACCAGCUUCUCCAUCUGGAAGUUCACCCAGUUCACCACGGGCGCAAACUUCUCCCUGGCCCUCGCCCACUACUUCUCCGACCCGUCCCACUACCCGCCACCAUACGACUACGUCGAGUACUUUGCCGACCUCGCUCUCACCCCGGCGUGCAGCAUAGCCCGCACAUCUUCACGAUGCAUCGCCAGAGGUCCCAUCGCAGCUACCAUCAACCGCAUCUCAAACUAG